UUUAAAUUUUUCAUUUUAGGUUAUAAUAUUUUAACCCCUUUGCUAUCAUUGUUAUGAAAACUCGUUAAUAAUGUUUACAAAUUGUAAAAAAGUCCUUAUUCCUUUAUCAAAAUAUAGAAGGUACAGCGACACUAAAAGUGUAUUACAAAUAAUAGAAAAAGGACAAAUUGGGCAAAAAGUUUUCGUCAAGGGCUGGAUAAAAUCAAUUAGGAAACAGAAAACAGGCACUUUUUUAGACUUCAAUGAUGGCUCGACAAUGCAGAACUUACAACUUGUUAUAUUGCAUAGCCUGGAUACCAAAAUAAGUGUUGGCUCAUCUGUAUCUGCAACUGGAGUAUUACAGAAAUCACCCAAAGGACAAAAUGAAAUAACUGCUGACAAGGUAAAACUUGUUGGGGAAUGUGACCUUGCGAAAGGUUAUCCAUUUGCCCCUAGAAAAUCUUACGAACCGAAGUACAUAAGGGAAUAUCUGCAUUUAAGACCUCGCACAAGAAAAUUUGCGUCACUUUUAAGAAUAAGGCAUGCAGCAACUCUGGCAAUACAUCAAUAUCUCGAUAAAAAUGGUUAUUUUAACAUACACACUCCUAUUAUUACCUCAAACGAUUGCGAAGGGGCUGGAGAAAUAUUUAAGGUGAUGCCAGAUAAUGAACAAUUAAAAAAAUCUAUGGUUAAAGAAAAUCAACCAUUAGAUUCAGCCUAUUUUGAUGGUAAGGCCUAUUUAACUGUUUCUGGUCAGUUACAUUUAGAGGCUGCCGCCCAUUCUCUGAAUAAGGUGUAUUGUUUUGGACCAACAUUCAGAGCUGAAAAUUCUAGAUCUCGACUUCACUUGUCAGAGUUUUACAUGCUCGAGCUUGAACAAGCAUUUAUGGAGAAACUGGAUGAUUUGUUGGAUAUUGUCGAAGACCUUGUAAAAAAUGUCACUACGGUAUUAUUGCAGAACAACCAAGGUGAUAUUGAGAUGUGUAGAGGGAAGAAACUGGAUGAUUCAUGGGUGAAUAAGGAAUUUGUUAGGAUACAACAUUCAGAGGCUCUUGAUAUACUGACGAAUAAGUUAAAUAAAGUUGUUAAGCCAAAUGUAGGAAUUUCCAAGGAGCAUGAACUUGCUUUGACAGAAUAUUUUGAAAAUGUUCCAGUUUUUGUCACAAAUUGGCCCUUAGAAGAAAAACCUUUUUAUAUGAAAGGCAUUUCAAAUAAUAAGGUAGCAGCAUUUGACUUAUUAGCUCCCAAUAUUGGAGAAAUAGCAGGCGGCAGUUUGCGCGAAAACGACUAUGACCAGCUGAAAUCCAAAAUAUCUUCAAGCAAUCCGCAUCUCGAAUGGUAUUUGGAUCUUCGAAAGUUCGGUAGCGUCCCGACCGGCGGAUUUGGUUUGGGAUUUGAGCGAUACAUUCAAUUUAUUUUAGGCAUCGAUUCAAUUAAAGAUUGCAUACCUUUUCCUAGAUGGCCACACAACUGUUCAUUGUAAAUUCUAAUAUAAGAAUAGUAAAUAAAGUUGAUUUACCGCCA